CUACUAUUCCAAACACAAAAACGUGUUCGUUUUGGUGUUUUCUGGCCGUCGUCGUUAUUUCCCAUCUCUGAUCUGCGACUGAUUGAUUCCUCUAUGAUCUGCGACAACGACUGAAAUCUCCAAAAUCCUUCUUCUCUCUUCUCUCGCAGAGAUUCUGUCAUGGCCUCCUGUUCUUCUGCUUCAAUAGCCAGUGGCGGCACUACUUUCUGUUCGACUUACUAUUCUGCUUCACCACGUUCUCUCCUGAAUCCAGUGCCACUGUCGUCUUCCUUCUCUUGCACCAGAUUUCAAUCGAAUCCAUACUGUUUACGCGCCAGAGCUGGAGUUAGGGUCAGUAAUAGGAACACACCUCGAUCCCUGCAAGUCCACUGCAUGCGUGAGUCGCGAGCUCCAGUGAUUACCAAAGAGUCAUGGGAGAAAACGAUUUUGCAAAGUGAUAUCCCUGUUUUGGUUGAGUUCUAUGCGAGUUGGUGUGGACCAUGCAGGAUGGUCCACCGAGUGAUUGAUGAGAUUGCAGGAGACUAUGCUGGGAGGCUUAAAUGCUUUGUCGUCAAUACUGAUAGCGACUUACCAAUUGCUGAGGAGUACGAAAUUAAGGCUGUUCCGGUGGUUUUGCUGUUUAAAGAUGGGGAAAAGCGUGAAUCUGUGGUGGGCACCAUGCCAAAGGAAUUCUACAUUUCUGCUAUUGAGAGAGUCCUGACAAUGUAAUUGCUGUUCAUUGCAUGACUAAAUCAUCAAGUGCGAUUCCAUCAAUUUCAUCCGUACAUAACACGAGAGUUCUGUGCUUUUCUUGAAUCCCAACUGGGUGUUUAGUCCUGUGAGUUCUCUUGAUUUGGUUCUCCGGUACAUUGCCUGUACAUUCUUUGGAUGGAUGAUCUCGGAUUACCCCUAGUAAGUACUAGGCUUUGGUGGAUAUUUCUUUUGUGCGGAUUAUUUUGCAACACUUUGUUGUAUAAAUGCGUCUUUGUUGAUCUAAAUGUAGUGUGUAUCUGAAAGACUGAAACUAAACUCUCAGAAGAAUGUGACUGGAAAUAAUAUUCAUUGGGCGAAACUGGAUUUAUGCGCACCGUUUUGGA